UUUUUAUCGAAAACUCAUGAUAAUAUAAGCGUGAGAAAAUAAGUGAAUAUUUCCAAAGGCUCAUAUUCGAAGACAGAAGUUACUUCAUAGAAUAAAAUCAUGUCAAUUUCUGAAGAAUAUUUAAUGCUGUUCGAAGCGUCUAAGAAUAAGCUACUACGACGAGAUAUCCCUUUCAGAUAUUAUAUCUGGAUUUUAAUAGAUGCCGUGUUUAUGAUACUGACGACUACAGCUGUACUUAUCCUGUUUACCAAAUUGCAAAUAAUUUCUAGUUUCUUUAAGCAUCAUUUUCAUAUGACGUUUGUUAUUGGAUUUGUCGGUGUCAUUCUACCACUUCCAAUAAUAACUAUGACAAACUUCUUGUCAAACGUCUUCUGUGUUCAUUUGCUGCUUGGAAGUACAGUUUUACUGUGGUCUGUUAGCUUGGCUGCCGGCUUUGGAUCUGUUGACAUGUUCUAUGGAUUGAUAUCACUGAUUUUGACAAUUGUGAUUACAAUCACGACUGUGGGGUUGGCAUUGACAUUACCAUCAAUGGAUGAUGAUCAGUUAGUUGUCUUUACCACAAUAUCAUCUACCCUUUUGAUUUUAUCAACCAUCUUGAUAAUAUUUAAUGUCACCAUGCAACCGAAUACAUCGAUCUUCAGCAUUGCGUCGGCAAUUAUCUUUGGAUUAUUCCUAAUCUGUCUAAUAUUUGGCUUUAUGAACAACUUGGACCUGGUAGUAUGGUGGUUUUCACCGUAUCCAUCGCAAUUUGUUGAAGCUUUUAUCCUCUGGUUACUAGUGUACUGCCUUUUCAUCAUUGUAUAUACUACUUUAAUGUUGCCUAAAAUAUGGAACAAAUAA